AAACGGAAAUGUUCAGUGUGAUGAGAACAGCUUUCAUAUUUCACUCUGACAUCUCACUACCAUAUUUUCCAACAUGGUAGUGGCGUGGUAAUUCGAAAAAUUUUAUCUGCCCCUUUUCCUUUUGCCUUCAUCAUUUUUCUUUUGGCACUCUUCUCUCUCUCUCUCUCUCUCUCUCUCUCUCUCUCUCUCUCUCUCUCUCUCUCUCUCUCUCUCUGUCUCUCUGUCUCUCUCUCUCUGUCUCUCUCUCUCUCUCUGUCUCUGUGUGUGUAUGCGCGUGUGUGUCUGUCUGUCUCUCUUUCCUCUCUCCCUCUCUCCUUCAUUACUUUUUGGGGGAGUGAAUGAGAAUUAGAUUGGUUGUUUUCAGAAAAAGGAGCUGUAUCGAUGCACAGAUCGGUAGCAUCCCCGUUGGAGUGGCUGUCACAUGAAUUCUUUGGAGACUUCUGAAGAAAAAGACAGAAACUGAAACGAUCAGAUCCAAAUGGUUUUUAAAAGCUGAUGCUGGUUCACUGUGAGAUAAUUCUUAUAAGCAUGAAUGAAUUAAUCAACCCUAUUAUCACAGCAUCUGCAAGAGACCUGAUUGGAGUGAUUAAGAGCAUCUAUCAGCACUGGAUUAAACAUUGAGGGACAUUUGGAUUGUUUCCAGUUUCUGGCUAUUAUGAAUAAAUCUUCUGUGAACAUAGGUUUGGUUUUUUUUCCCUUUCUCUUCUUAAAUUUCAAUACAGAUCUGAAAAGGUCUCAGGAAAAAAAGACCCACCAAAGUUAAUCAUCUUGCGAUAGUGGCAGACACACUCUGCACUGAAGCAAACCUUUCUUCUGUGUGAGGCAGGCUGAAAAAAACUCCCACGAAUAUCCUUCCAAGCACCUGUAAUGAUUAUCAUAUGGGAAUUCAAGAAGUUGACAGAUAACAUAGUUCUGAACCAAAUGGGAGAUAUCCAACUGCCGUGAUAUCCUGGAAGGCCUUACUGAAAAAUAAACAAGAAGAGAAAACGUUAACAAUUCAUGUGUGCUUGCACCCUAGAAUUCUGUACUUGUUGUAGACAAAUCUAAGGCAAACAUACAAGCAUUUUUUGAAAAGUUCCCAAAUCAUAUGUAGAGGCUAACAAUUGUGGCAAAAAGCUGUUUUAUACUCUGUCUUUCUGAGCCAUUGACCAGCCAUCUUGUAAGAGGUACAGCUGUUACUUAUGAAUUUAGAUUUUGAAUGAUCAUUAGACAAAGACAAUUUCUCUAGAAAUAAUCAUGAUUGCUAAUUAUACAUGUAACAAGACUGAUGGAGACAAUACAGAUUUUCGGUACUUCAUUUAUGCAGUAACAUACACUGUCAUUCUUGUGCCAGGGCUCAUAGGGAACAUAUUAGCCUUGUGGGUAUUUUAUGGCUAUAUGAAAGAAACCAAAAGGGCUGUGGUAUUUAUGAUAAAUUUAGCUAUUGCUGACUUAUUGCAAAUUCUUUCUCUGCCACUGAGAAUCUUUUACUACUUGAACCAUGACUGGCCAUUUGGUCCUGGCCUCUGCAUGUUUUGCUUCUAUCUGAAAUAUGUUAACAUGUAUGCAAGCAUCUACUUCUUGGUCUGCAUCAGUGUACGAAGAUUUUGGUUUCUCAUGUACCCCUUUCGUUUCAAUGACGGCAAGCAGAAAUAUGACUUGUAUAUCAGCAUUGUUGGCUGGUUGAUCAUCUGUCUUGCCUGCCUACUUUUUCCUCUCCUCAGAACCAAUGAUGAUAUCCCAGGUAACAGAACCAAAUGCUUUGUGGAUCUUCCUACCAGGAAUGUCAAUUUGGCCCAAUCUGUUGCCAUGAUAACCAUUGGAGAACUGGUUGGGUUUGUUACUCCUCUCAUGAUUGUCCUGUACUGUACGUGGAAAACAGCUUUAUCAUUACAAAACAAAUACCCCAUUUCUCAACAUCUUGGAGAGAAAAAGAAAGCCUUGAAGAUGAUUCUGACUUGUGCAGGGGUAUUUCUAAUUUGCUUUGCACCUUAUCACUUCAGCUUUCCUUUAGAUUUCCUGGUUAAAUCCAAUGAAAUUAAGAGCUGUGUAGCCAGAAGAGUGAUUCUAAUAUUUCAUUCUGUGGCCCUGUGUCUGGCAAGUCUGAAUUCCUGCCUUGACCCAAUCAUAUAUUAUUUCACCACUAAUGAGUUCAGAAGACGUCUUUCAAGGCAAGAUUUGCCUGAUAGCGUCCAACUCCAGACAAAAUCAUAUAAAAUUGUGAGUAACCAUACCACUUCUACAGUGGCAACUGGACUACGCUAAAUAAAACCCAAAACUAAACGUGGCCUAGAAUGAAAGUACCAGAACACGGUCACAAUAUCCCAUCAACAAGGCAGUACUCACAAAGAACAGUCCCAACUUUUAAGUGUGUUCUAUAUUACUUAGAUAGAGAAUACACAGAACCUAUGAGAACAUGUUUCAUCAUUUUGCUUGUGACAUGUCUAUGCAUAAUGUAUGGCCAAGUCCUUAAGACUUAAGUGAUAAAAUUUUGAUGUCACUCUUCGCACAUAUGCUCUGAGCUAUAGUCAUCAGCUUUGUCUGUGAAUUCUGUGAACCGAAGUCACAAAGGGAUUACUAGCUCAAGCUCCCCUUAAGUACUGAGUUUUCUAACCUCAGAUGAUGAAUUCACCAGAGGGAUUGCAAAUGUCUAUUUGUAGUAGCAAGCCCAGUUUGCAUUCCAACAACAUUUGGUUAUGUUUAAAUUAGGAUAGACAGUACUUUACAUACACAUAAUACUAAAAAAUGGGCUAGUAUUUAUUUCCAAGGUGUGAUUCCAUUCCAUGAUUUGAAAAUUCUUAUACUUGGUUUCUUUGGUUAGUGUCAGUAUGAAAUAUCAUCUCUCACAUCUAAUCAUUGAAAGAAAUUAUGUAAUCAGUCUUUGGUAUAUUUAAACUAAGAACAACAAAAUAUUCAUGACACACAAUAAUCCUCCGUGAUUGUAUAAAAUGCUACAUUGAAUAUUCCCAGGGCAGGUAGUUUUCUAGGGACAGCCCAUUAUGACUCAGAUGGCCUCUAGGCUUAAGAGAAAGGAAACAGAUGACAAUCACAGUUCUGGCUCUCUUAAACUAGUUCCAAAGAACACCUUUGGAAAUGUAUGAACCUGCCUAGUAGAGGAAUAUUUUUCACCGUGUUUUAGAAUUACAUUGAGGAAAUCUAACAGGUUACUGCACUUACUGAGCCUAUGGAAGAAACAGUGCACCAAUUAUUCACUAAGCUUGGGCCAGAGUGAAAAGAUGAAGCAACGUGAAGUAUAUCUCUUAAAAUAAGCAGUCCUUCUUUCCCCAAGCUAAGUGGUAUCUGUCAACAUAUCUACACAAGUCAUAGUAGGGCUUGAAGACAUUGGUCGUGUGGACCUUCAAGUCUGCAUAUUUUUCAGUUAUAAAGCCUACACAGAUUACCUCUCAGAACCCGUUGAAAGCAAUUCUUUCACCUUUUGAAAAAAGUAGACCUCAUCCCAGUAGCCUUAGGCACUCCUUACAAAAGAUUUGCCUAUUACCUACUUGGUAGUAUUGAGCAGGAAAAACUGGGGUCUGGAGAUGUAAGUACUGGAAUGGGCUGAAUCAUGAUAUACAUUAUAAAUAAGAUUACUUUGAAAAAUGUUUGAAGAAGAGAAUGGAAAGAUAGACACUCUUCUUUACAUUAAGAAAAAAUGUAUAAACCAAGCAAGGAUUUUUUUUCUUUUUUUCAUAUCCAGAAUAAAAGGAUAGUUUUAGGUAUACAGUUAAUCAUAUGUUUGGAGUAAACUGGUUAAAUCUUCAUGAAUUUUAACUCCUAAUACUACCAGAAAACUAAAGUUUUGUCUGGCCAAGUGUAGAUUAUACUUGUACAUUUUUAUGAAAAUGACAGUGAAUUAGAAAAAAAUGACUUUUGGCUGCUAGCAACAGUAUAUUUAUGUAUUUCCUAGUUAUUCCUUGUAAUGUAUAUAUGUUUUGGUGUAUUAAAUAAGUGUUAAAUUUUGUUUUCAAAAGAAACUGUAAGUGUCUUUGGUCUGUUAUAAAGUGAUUUCUGUUUGAGUGUAAUUUUGUUUGUAACCAUUUGUGGAACUACGAAACAACUGUGGGUGCUUGGAAUAAAACUCACUCAUUAUUUCUUUUGGGGGGGUGUCAAUCUCCCUUUAUUAUUUACAGAGCAUCUGAUAUGCCUCCAACCCAAUCUAAGUAUGCUGUGUUCAGGUGGAUAAAUCAUAGUUCCUUUCCACUAGUUCUCAGCAUAUCUCUCUCUCUCUCUCUCUCUCUCUCUCUCUCUCUCUCUCUCUCUCUCUCUCUCCUUUUCUUCUGGACUAGGGAUUGCUGAGCUGUUGCAUGGCUCUUCCUCAGAAAGUGGCUCUUCUUUAAUGUAUUUCUUUUUAUCCUUUUUUUUUCUUCCUUGCAGAGGCUCCUCUUCGACUCCCUGUUCUUCCUCCUCCUCCGUCUCCUCCUCCACUUCCUCCUCUACUUCUACGCUUGCUUUUUUGUAGCAUGGAUUACAGGAUUACACUUCUUUUUUUUAAAAAGAUUUAUUUAUUUAUUAUGUAUACAACAUGUAUGCCCACACGCUGGAAGAGGGCGCCAGAUCUCAUUACAUACAGAUGGUUGUGAGCCACCAUAUGGUUGCUGGGAAUUGAACUCAGGACCUCUGGAAGAGCAGCUGGUGCUCUUAACCACUGAGCCAUCUCUCCAGCCCCCCAGGAUUACACUUCUUAAAGUCACUUUGGGAGAUCACUGUUUGAACUUUUUCUAACAUCGAUUUCACAAUAAUCAUACUAUUUUUUAAAGGGGAGGAAAUAUUUCUAGUAUAUUAUUGAUAAUCUUGGAGUGGUUGAGCAUAUAGCUAAUUUGUUAGGCAGUCUUAUGCAUCCUUUAGGUAGAAGGCACGUGUGUAAUGAUCUUAUAUUAUUUAUCUCCUCAGACAUCUGGGUUUGUAUUCAGCAUCUGGUUUUCCUGUUUCUUCAUCUUCCUCAUCAAUAUAUUUGAAUUUUGCUCUAUUCCCUUUCCUUUCUGAUCAACUUAUUCACAAUAAGGUGCUAAUUAUUAAUGUUAACUUCAUAUUAACUUACCAAGAAAUAUCUGAAGUUCAUACCAUAGGAAUAGGCAUUAACAUAAAGUGGUGACAAUCAAUAAAGAGACUGCAGGCACAGGAAGAUGAGCUGCAAGAAAAGACACUUUAAAGAGAGUGUUAUAGCAACCCUUUCACAUGAUGCAUUGCAAAUGACAGUCUAAAUAGAAAAAUGGCUUACCAUUAUGAGGAUGCUAAAUUCCAAGAAAUAUCUCCAUGAACAUGGAUAUAAAUUUUCCAGUAUUUUUUUUUUUUUUUGGCUUGAAGUUUAUCUCCCCCCCCCCCGCCUUCUUCUAAUACCAAACUUAGUUUCCAGGGGGGAAAAAUCUAAUGUAGGAGAGAAAUAGUAUUUCAGCUCCUACCGAGCAAUUGCCUCUUUUCUGAUGUCCCACUCUCCUUGGAAAGACUCUUUUUCAGAUCUUUUAUUUAUAGUUUUGAGCUCUAUAUGACUGAAUACAAAAAGAGUCUUGAUUGUGGUAGUGUAUAGUUAAAGAUAAGUCAUCUCAUAUUUCUUUAAUAAAGACUUUAAAUUUUAGUUUCAAAAUCAAGCAGAGUAUUUAAAUAAACAUUUGAAUACAGAAUGUUUCGCAUGCUAUUAAUAUUGUCUUUAUUUUUAUUAUUUUAAUGAAAUGUUUUAUGUGUUACAUAUUUUAAUUGUCAUGCAGUAAAACACCAAAUCAUAUUAACUGGUGGUUCAUGAGGUGGAGCUAUUUGCCCUGUGAACACCCAUGCUCUAUAAGGAUUCAUCUGUGGAACUCCAUACAACUUA